AAUGGCAUGAACAAGUCAGGCAGAACCCUUCAAAACCUAUCCAUAUAAAUAAACUUAUAAUAUGGUCGACUUUGAGCCAUCGAUCAUCGUUGAACAUAUUCAGAGAUCAUUACUUAACAUCUCAGGCAGGUGACAAUUAGGGUGGAAAUUCAUCAAUAUGCCUAGGAAUGAGUUCUGGGGUUUCAACAAAUUGAGAAACAUUCUUGAACUACUUCGUCGCAAUAGAUCUUCGAUUGGCAAUGCAUCGCCUGGACCGUUCCCAGCUACAGCAGUUUCUAAGGUUGACCAGGGUUAUCCGAUACAGCAAGGCUUACGGUAUUUAAGUGUCAACAGCAAACCAUGGACAAAACUCGAUACAAAAAUGGUAAACAGUGGAAAGGAAAAGGCUCAACAAUUACAACCAGCAGCAACUCCUACCAGGCUCGGCAUCGGUCAAAGGGUAAAAUGGAUUUUGGGAUCCAUAUUGGCACUAAUCCUUCCUUUUUGGAUUCAGAAUUGGGGAAAACUCAAAAGGAUUGAAGGAGAGGCAGAAAUGGUUGUGGAAGAGGUAGAGAAAGUAGUCGAGGUUGUAGAAAGGGUGGCAACUGUGGCGGAGAAGGUGUCCGAGGACGUUGCCGACGAACUCCCUGAUAAUACCAAACUAAAGGAAAAGGUUUUACUGGCAGAACAUGUUUUCAAAGUGGCUGCUAAAGAUGCUAAACUAGCUGAAGAUUUCAUUCACAAGGUGGAAACGUUGAAGCAUGAUCUGGAAGACUUGGAGACAAUAGCAGAAUCCAUUGUUGAUAAUAAUAACCAUAAGAUUGGGAAAUGAAGGAAAGAAAAUGAAUAUUUGGAAAGAACUGAUCCCCAAGACAUGUACAUAUUCUUGUACAAUUUCAUGAUAAUAUGUCACUUGAGAAUAUGAUGUUCAGUCGACACAUUGGCGGUCUAAGUGGUUUGAUUCUCAUUGUUUGUAGGCUUCACCACUUGACCUUCGAAGAAGCAUAGUGAAUCCUUUGAUUUGUUGUUUGUAAGGCGUGUUACCGUUGAUUUUUGUCAACAGAAAGGAUACAUAAAUGUAUUUGUGAUACUUGUGCCACAAGGAAAUAAAACUCCCUUAUCAAA